AUGGCUCCCGGGAUCCUUCAGUCCGAAUCUCCAACAUUGGCCCUAGCGACCCUGCCUCGGGAGGCGCUGAAGCCAAACAAGAAUGCAUCCGCCAACUCUACACAAGAUAUCUACGGCAACUAUUAUCCUGCCAAUCCAGAGACCCUCAGUCUGGAGUCCAACUUUGGCCCUAUGGACCCCACGACCAUCGGCUAUCUUCAACCGACCACUGCUGACACCCCCAUUGAGACUAUGCGAGAGCGCUUUGAACGUGAUGGGUACCUUUUUAUCAAGAAUCUUCUUCCCCACGAACCCGUCCUCGAAUGUCGCCGAGCCUACUUCGACCACAUGAGCCCAAGCGGCCUCCUUCAACCGGGCAGUGAGCCAGUCAACGGCACGUUCUCCGGAAAAGACACUCGCAAAUACCUUCCCCCAGGAAACCUCCGUCGCUUGUUCGGGUUGAAAGAUGACGCCGAGAGCGACAAGUACGCCGAGCUCAUGGUCACUGCGCAUGAAGCCGACUUUUACGUCAACUUCUGCAAGUUCCCAGAGCUCCGCGAGUUCGUCAGUCGCUUCACCGACUGGCCAUCCCCGCACAUGCUCCAGCGAACGAUGCUUCGCGCCUUCGUCCCCAACAGUGAGCUUACGCCCGUACAUUUUGAUCAAAUGUACCUCCGAGCUGGACCGCCGACAAGCUUGACUGCGUGGGUUCCCAUUGGUCCCGUGUCGCUCGAGGGAGGCGGCUUGAUGUACCUCCAAGGUUCGACAGACAUUGGCAUGAAGACUGAAGACGACUUUGCUGCGCAUUCCCAUAAUCUUACCGACGAGGAGAGGGUGAGCGCCUUCAAUAAGAACAUGAAUGACGGCGGCUUUCUGAGCAGAGACACUGUGUCCUAUGGGAAGAAGACGAAGAGGAAAUGGCUGAUUGCCGAGUAUGAAACUGGAGAUGUCAUCUUCCACAACCCUUACAUGGUGCAUGCAAGCUGCAAGAACAAGGACCCCGACUCGAGGAUCCGUCUGGCUACGGAUCUGCGAUUUGUUGAUCCCGAGAAACCUUAUGAUAGGCGCUGGAUGAAGGUAUAUAAGCCACUUGAUGGAUUGUAA